AUGGCAAGAACAACACUAAAUAAUUACCUGCUACCUCAUCAAGCCAAUUUGAUUGCAAGAACGUAUCAUCAUCCAGCAUGGGUAGCAGUAGCUGAGACCUCUCACAUAGAAACACAAGACCAUUCUGAUAGAUAUAAUUGCCUUACAUCUGUUAAAUAUGCAAAGCAAUUUGCUUUAUUAUUUGCUAACGUGAGUAUUUUCAUUUCUCAAAACAAUAAAGCGAAGAUUGACCUAGAUGCAGUGAUGUACAUGGGACAAUGUCCGAUAUGUAGAUUGGGACAUGAAACAUUUUGGGACAUGUCCAAAUGUCC